AUGGCGGCGAUCAUGUCGCCAUCAUCAUCAUCUCCUGCGACUUCGCCGCCGGCCAUUCCAUCUCCCGGCUCGAACCCGAACCCGAACCAUCCGCCACUACCACCGCUAAUCACCUCACCGCCCGCUCGCAGAAGCACCCUGCCACGCCCCAUGUCUCACGCCUCCAAGAAUCGACUCUCACAAUACUCGACGGGUUCGAUCCCCUCUCGGUCGCGGCCGCCCUCCCACAUUUUCCCCAUCUUCCCGUCCAGCCUGCCUUAUACUCUUGUGCGCGACUUCGCCUACCCCGCUGGGCACCCGCUGCAUUAUGGGCCUCCGCCAGAACCCUCGGGACCCCCCUCGGGAAUGACCACCCCGGUCAGCGAACAGCGACGGCUAUCAGACCCUCCGGCGUCAUGGGAGAGCAGGAUGGGCUGGGACUCCGGGUCGUGGGGGAACGAAGGCUUCGGGAGAGCGAAUGACCUACCACCGAUGCAAUUUGCGGAUGGCCCGCCGUGGAGCGAGGAUGAGGACCUCCAGAGUCCCGUGGUCAGCUCGCGACACAGGAAACACAAGUCCUCCUCGGGCGCAUACGGCCAUGGAAGGACUCGAAGCGGGCGGGAUGUCCAGGCAUCAAGCCAUGGCGGCUCUGAUAUUCUCAACCCGGACAACUUCGACAGGGAAAGGGGAUACUACGUCGGUACAAGCGGUGACGGCAGCGAGAGGUACUACGUGAACCAGGGAGACGAAGCAAACGGCCCCGGAGGGGAAUAUGUCACAUACCCUCCCGACGCGGCACGCCACACCAACAAUCCUUACCAUCUUGCCGGCCGACCACCUCAGCAGUACAUUGACCACGAUGCGGGAUAUCGAUCCGAGUCUGACGAAUCGAGUGCUGCCUCGUCCCCCGGUUAUCCCGAAGAGGACCAGUCGAGAUACUCGCGAGACUAUCAAUUCACAAUCACAUCUCCCGACGAGGAGAUGCACGGCAAAGCGGUGGCAUUGUUUGAUUUCGAACGGGAGAACGAGAACGAGUUACCGCUCGUAGAGGGCCAGAUCAUCUGGGUCUCUUACAGGCACGGCCAGGGCUGGUUGGUCGCCGAGGAUCCCAAGACGCAGGAGAGUGGCCUUGUCCCCGAGGAGUACGUCCGCCUCCUCCGCGAUAUCGAGGGCGGCAUGAACAGUCUCACGGGCAACCUGGCAGAAAGCCCCGCGAGCCCCAACGAGGUUGGGACGCCGACUCAGGCCGAACAUCCCCAUUUCGGCCAUACCCCUACUCCCAGCAACGUCAACGGGUAUCACCAGCCUGUAGUUUCGACCUUCUCCACCUCUAGCAAGGAUCUAGACCCUUAUCCGCAGCAUCUCUUGGGCACGCAGGCGGGCCAGGCACCGCCCCAAGUUGUCCAUUACCACGGGCAAAGGGGCGGCAGCCAAGCCAACACUCCCACCCUCCUGUCCCAUCAAGACGUGGGCAUGAUGCGACGCGAAAGUCUGGACACAACAGCCAGGAAGAACGACAUGACCACGGUCGCGGAGGCACUUGGUGAUCCUGCACUGACGGACUCUCCCGCCAUCCCUGAUGGGGACAAGAUGGACACCGACCAGUAG